AUGUCAGCUUUUCCUUCAGGAAGAAGAAUGGGGUUUCUGCUGCUCUAUAAUGUACUGGACUUGUUGAUGGCAUCAGGCAUUUCACAUGAGCCAACCUCCUUUGACUUCAUUCAACUCCAGGGUGUGCCUCCAUUGGAUGAUGAGAGUGGUCACCCUUACAUCUUUACAACUCCCUUCAUUGAGUACAUCAAAAAGGCAUUCAUCCCUCUGGAGUAUGAUUUGCUGGAUCCACUGCUGCCAGCAGACCACUAA